CGCAGGACUCGCUGCCCGCUCCCGCCAGAGCUCGCGUCCGUCCGCAGCCUCUGCUGCUGCUUGCUUGUAUCUGGCCGGCUCGUUGUCGGCACUCGGCCUUGUCCGCGCCCCGGAGCAUGAGACGGGCAGCUUCAUCUCGGCCGCUCCACCGCGGCCGUCUGGUACGCGCAAGCCUGGGCGGCAGCCAGCUUCGUCGAGUCGAGAUCCCGCCAAAGGGAGUGUCUUCCGAAGCGCCACCACGCACACCCAUGACCGCCGUGGCGCGAUGGACGCCGAAUCCUCACCAUUCCCUUUUGGAUCUGGAUUGUGCUUUCGACGCAUCCUCUUUAUCCACGUCUCGGACUUGCUGUUUUGCUCGUUCCCUCUGACCACCCGGACGUGUUAAGGUUUCGUUGGCGAGUUUGCAGCUCACUCGUUCUUCUGCGGCUCCCUCUCACUCUCUCACUCACUCUCAUUCUUUGCCCUACUUAUUACACCCGGUACACGCUCUUUCGGCCCACCCUCCCGCUCAACCAACUCGCACACUCCUUAUCCACGAGCUCUGGACAGCUUCGCGACACUCCUUUGCAGCCAAGUGACCCAGACGUACUAUCCUUACACCUGACGACACACGACCAAUUCCACGACCAGAAAAUACAGCAGUCGUUCCCUGAUCUCCAUCUUGAUCCUUCACAAUGAAGUUCUCCGGUAUUCUUGCUCUGGCCUCCCUGGCUGUUGGCCAGGCUGCUGCCGGUCUCCUUAACCACAGGCACUUCCACAUGCGUCGUGAGGCUCAUGCUGCCCCCGCAGAGGUUCUUGAGAAGCGCGGCGUUCUCUCUGCCACUGGCGCGGCCCUCUUGUCCAAGAUCGGCUUCACCGCGACCGGCACGAACUCGGCGACCAACAACGGCCAGGCAUGGCUCGGUGCUGACGGCCCAUACGUCAACAACUUCAUCAACAACUCCACCGAAGAGAUCAUCCUCGUUGUUUGGGGUCCCCAGGGCUCCUGGGUCAAUGCAGUCAAGCCCCUAAUCGUUGCCAGCAUCCCUGCCGGCGCCGUUCAGACCGUUUCGUUCGCAAAUGGUGCAUCUGGCGCAUGGGCUCCCAUCUACCCAGAUACCACCAUGUCUCCCUACGGCCAGAUCUUCCAGACCUGGGGCGAAUACACGUUCAACGGACAGUGGAGCACCUUCGACGUCUCUCGUGAGGUCAACAUGAACGGAAAGCCCAUGACCAUCUCGACCAGCAGCUGCACAUCCGACUUUGAGCGUUGCGUCUUCCAGUGCACCGGUGGCGCCACCUCUUGCAUGACCGGCUACGAGCUGUACAACUGCGCCGCUGGCUCUCAACCAGGUGCACAGAGCGGCACGUACGCUGGUGCCGCCUCUGGCGGAUGCAGUGGCAUGGGCGACACGGCCAACAUUACUACCACUUUCUCAUAGGCGAUUUACGGACGUGGAAGGAGGUGGUGGGACGUCGAUGUUGAUAAAGUGGAAGACGACUUCGCGCUAUAUCACGACACGGCCGUUGGAAAGCCUGCGCGCAUCAACAUUUAGCGGAUCUGUUUUGCAACUUGGGGGUCACAUUCAAAACCUGUACAUACUUUUUUCAUGAUAGGGGAUUAUUAGACUUGCGCGUUACGGUUGCAAAUUGCUCGUGUGCUUCUUUUUGUCCUUCGUAGCCCCGUUUCCUCGUUGAAACUUGCCGCUAAGACGCCACUGCUGCAAGUAAAGUCCUUGGGGACGUCCUGAUUGUGAACGAAAAGAUGGGAACGGUUAGCAGAGCAGAGGUGGAGCACGAACGUCUGGCCUUCUUAACGUGGCUGCUGUGCCAUUGUAGAAGAGGGAGGGGUCAAUGCAAAC